UUUGUUUUUUUUGCCAAAAAAUUAAUAUCUGAAACCUCGUGUAAGUUAAAAUGAAGAAAAAUCAGACACGACAAAAGACAAUAAGUGACCCUGUCAUUGUUUCACGAGUGAAGAACUAUCUCGCGGAGAAUGUCGACAAGACGUACGUUGAUGUCGGCCAAAUGGCGCGUUCCCUCAAAGAGCGCUACCGUGAAUACAACAAUCGGGGUGAUACCGCAUUUUGUCAAUUAGUGGAAAAUGCCUACAAAGUGGUUUUACAAAGUUACGGACUAGACGGGGCGUCUACAUCGGAAGGAUCUGAAGAAGAAUCUGAUUUAGAACUAUUAGACGAAAACAACAGUGCACUCAACGAUCGGAUCCUUCAAAUGUACAAAAUGCAGGAUAAAAAGCGUCCGGCGACUGCUCGGCGUCCUACUGAUAAGUCUGGUGAACCGAUAGACAUACUUAGUAGCGAUGAAGAUGGCAGCGCCGCGCCAAAACUUCCAAAAAUUAGCGAUCAAAUAACCAUAACCCCACAUAUUCCGAACAGGAAUACUAAUAGCAUUUCCAUUGAAAAUGCAGCAAAAUCUCUACAAAACCAGCAGAAUGCUGACAAAAAGCGAAAAUUGGAUUCGAAUAAAAAUAUGAGUAUGAAGAAAAAGUUUGAAAUUUGUGCUUCCAAACAUGUUAAGGUUACUUUUGAUGAUAUUGGUGGAAUAUCGGAAAUAAUUACACAAAUUUGUGACCUUAUUUUGCAUAUGAAGCAUCCAGAAGUCUAUCAUCAGUUGGGCAUCAAGGCUCCAAGAGGUGCGUUAUUGCAUGGUCCACCAGGCACAGGAAAAACUUUAUUGGCACACGCCAUUGCUGGCAAAUUGAAGCUACCAUUUGUUGCAGUGACUGGAACAGAACUUGUUGGUGGUAUGUCAGGAGAAUCAGAGGAGCGUAUAAGGGAAUUGUUUGAAAAAGCAACAUCAGUUGCCCCUUGCAUCCUGUUCAUUGAUGAGAUUGAUGCUGUAUGUGGAAACAGAAUACAUGCUCAGAAAGACAUGGAAAAACGAAUGGUAGCUCAAUUAUUGGCCAGCUUAGAUGCUUUGAGUGACACCAACAGUUCUGUUUUAGUUCUCGCUGCCACAAACAACCCUGAUGCCUUAGACCCUGCUUUAAGGCGAGCAGGUCGCCUUGAACAAGAAAUUACUUUAGGAAUUCCAUCUCUUAAAUCUAGGAAAGAAAUACUAGAGAUAUUAUGUAAAACUUUGACACUAAAUGAAGAUGUUGACAUUAAUGCUAUUGCUCAAAUCACCCCAGGGUUUGUUGGUGCUGACUUACAGGCGCUUUUAAAUAAAGCUAGCACUUACGCUGUGAAAAGAGUAUUUGCAGAGAUUCACGCAAAAGAAAAAGCGCCAGUUACUGAAGUAACAGAGACCGCUAUAUCUAAAGAAGUUGUUGAUAUUCCUAAUGGAGAAAAACAAGGUGAAGAAGCUAAACCAAAUGACACAGGUGAUGCUCCUGAAGUUUCUGAUGCAACUCCCACUCAGUCUGCAAAUGUUGAAACUCCUGGGCCAGAAUUAAGCAAUGAAUCUUCUACAAAUGAUACUAAACAAGAGACUGAACCUACACCAAUAGACACAGUACAAGAAGUAUUAGCAUUGCUUGAAGGUUCCAAAACAUAUUCAAAAGAACAACUACUUGGAUUAUCAAUCAAACAUGAAGAUUUUCUCAAAGCACUGAAAACAACGAAACCAUGUGCGGUCAGAGAAGGUAUAGUGACAGUCCCCGAUGUUACAUGGGAUGACGUAGGUUCGUUAAGCCAAGUUCGUAAAGAUUUGCAAUUGGCUGUAUUAGCUCCAGUGAAAUAUCCAGAGCAAUUGAAGAAACUUGGUCUAGCUGCACCAAGUGGAGUUUUGCUUUGUGGUCCUCCAGGAUGCGGUAAAACUCUUUUAGCCAAAGCUGUCGCCAAUGAAGCUGGGGUCAAUUUUAUAUCAGUGAAAGGACCAGAACUGCUAAACAUGUAUGUUGGGGAGAGUGAAAGGGCAGUACGCACGUGUUUCAGGCGUGCUCGUAAUUCGGCACCUUGUGUAAUAUUCUUUGACGAAUUUGACGCGCUGUGUCCGCGACGAACUUCUCAAGACAAUAAUGGGGCAGCAAGAGUUGUAAAUCAACUGCUCACAGAGAUGGAUGGUAUCGAAACUCGUGAAGGAGUCUUUGUUUUGGCCGCGUCAAAUAGACCUGACAUUAUCGAUCCAGCAGUUCUGCGACCUGGACGAUUAGAUCGUGUAAUGUAUGUGGGUAUGCCAGCAAGAGAAGACAGAUAUGAUAUCCUGCAGAAACUUACUAAGGGAGGUGCAAAACCACAACUGAGCCCUGAUGUAGAUUUGCAAGUACUAGCUGGUCUCACUGACAGUUAUACAGGGGCAGAUUUAGCAGGAUUGGUCAGGGCUGCUGCAACUAAUGCAUUGACAAAUCAUAUUUCAAAUGGUACUCUUGAAGGGGAUAUUUUUGUGACAUUUGAAGACUUCAGAGCUGCUUUGGCAAAAUGUAAACCAUCUGUUUCAUCCAAAGAGCAACUGCAUUAUGAAAAAUUGCGGUUGAAAUACGCAUCUGGCGCUGAUGAUAAGGAUAUGGAAAUGGAGACUGAGCUCACAAAUGAAGAGUCUAUGGAUACUGUUUGAGAAUCAUUUAGCCGUUGGUUUAUACAAACCUAGUAGUAAUAGAGGUUUCUUUCUUAUAAGAGUAAUACAAAACAAUAGUGCCAAGUGUUUUCCUUUUAAGCGAAAUUCCUUAUAAUCUAAGUGAAGAGAUGUAAUUUACUUAUAAGAUUUUAAAAUAUGCCGUGUGUCAUGAAACAUUUUCUAGAAUAAGUUUCAGUGGUAAUAUCAAUGUUUAUUUUCAUGCAUUUCAAGUGUUAAUUGAUACAUACAUAGGAGUCAUAUAAAUCUUGCACACUUUAAAACUCAGUAAUAUGGU